AUGACUGAAUUUCAGAUUGGCCAAUCAUUCCAGAGUAAGGAGGAAGCCGUGCUGAGCGUAAAAUAUUACAGUAUCCGGCGUGGAGUUGAGUACAAGGUUAUGGAGUCAGACAAUCUGAAAUACCAAGGGAGAUGCAAGGAGUUUGGUAAUGGGUGCACGUGGUUGAUUCGGAUAGUCAUGCGGAAAAGGAAGAGCACAUGGGAAGUUAGGAGGUACAACGGACCACACACGUGUAUGGCCACAUCGAUAUCGAGCGAUCACAAGCAGCUUGAUUAUCAUGUCAUCUGUGCGAGAAUCUUUCCAUUGGUUAGAGCUGAUGCAUCGGUGUCGAUUAAGGUGUUGCAAGAGGCAACAGAGGCGACAUAUGGAUUCAGGCCUAGUUAUCGGAAGGUGUGGUUGGCAAAGCAGAAGGCAGUAUCGCAGAUAUAUGGCGAUUGGGAGGAGUCGUAUGCGGAUAUGUCUCGAUGGAUCCUUGGGGUCACAUGCACCAUGGAAGGUUCCGUUGCUCUGCUGAAGACCUCCCCGGUUAGACUGGGUGACCAAGUUGACGAAGAUAGAGUCUACUUUUAUCGCAUGUUUUGGACAUUCCCUCCAUGUAUUGAGGUAUUCCGCCACUGUAAGCCGCUCGUAAGCAUCAACGGAACACACCUCUAUGGCAAGUAUGGCGGGACAUUGUUGUUGGCGAUCGCUCAGGAUGGUAACUCGAAUAUUUUGCCUGUUGCACACAACGGGAUCAAGGCUGCACUAGAGUCCCCCGAUAGUAGUUGGCGACCUCCCCAUGCUUAUCGGACAUUUUGUAUUCGGCAUGUUGCUGCAACUUUUGCCCUUACUUUCAAGGGACAGGAUGCGAGGAGGUGGUUGGUAAAUGCCGCUUAUGCGAAGACGGAAGCAGAAUUUGACUAUUGGUUUGAUAUAAUGAGGACAGAGAACCCGGGCAUGUGCGAUUGGACGGCAGAGGCACAGUUAGGGUCUGGGCACCGGUUUUCGCAGGCACUAGUUAAGGCCAUUGAGCGCAACCUGAAGGAUUCGAGGUGCUUUACUGUGACUGUGUUCGAUAGGCAUCACCUUGACUAUACGGUGGCUGAGACUACUCCCACUGGCAAAUUCUCGUUGGGUAGCUAUCGGGUUUCUCUAAGGGAUCACACCUGCGAUUGUGGAUACUUCCAGGCGCUGCACUACCCCUGUUGCCAUGCCCUCGCAUGCUGUGCACAGUCACGGCUAGAUUGGGCCACUUAUGUCGAUGAAGUGUACACCAUGUCUGAGGUCUUUAAGGUGUAUCAGAUGUCCUUUGCACCUUGUAUUCCAGAGGGGAUUUGGCCCCCAUAUGACGGUCCGACUGUGAUCCCCGACCCUGGCAUGAGAAGGGCAAGAGAAGGACGACCACGUUCCACCCGCAUCCGCAACAACAUGGACGAAGCUGACAUAGGUCGACCGAAGCGCUGUGGCCUGUGCAGGCAGCCUGGUCAUACUCGGAGGGGUUGUCCUCAGCGAGGUUCUACCAGCGGCAUCUAA